AUGCCGAGCCUGCCAUUGGACCAGAUCCAGGUCACCCAGAAGGAUCCGGGGAGCGGAAGGCAACGCUCCAUCAGCGCCCUGGACCCAAAGAGAGUGCAGUCCAGGAACUUUAUAACAUAUACUCCACCACCUGACAAAUGUGGUCCUGCUGUUCUGGAGGAGUUUUUGGAAAGGGCAGAUUUUAUCACAAAGGAUUUGCAAUGGUUAUUAUCACUGCCACACGAUCGUUUCUGGUGCCAGGUGAUAUUCGAUGAAUCUUUGCAGAAAUGUCUGGACUCGUAUUUGAGCAAUGCUCCCCGUAAAUAUGAUCGAUGUAUGCCAUUCCCGCCUGCUGUACAGCAGGUGCAGAACAAACUUCAUCACUAUGUUUUUCUAACCUUCCUGCGAAUGUCAACACACAAAGAAUCAAAGGAGCAUCAUAUUACUCCCUCUGUGUUCGCUGAGAUUAUUUACAACAACUAUCUUUUCGACAUUCCAAAACUUUUGGAUGUAUGCAUUCUGUUUGGUAAAGGGAACUCUUCUCUUCUACAGAAGAUGAUUGGUAACAUUUUCCAGCAGCAGCCAAGCUAUUACCAGGAUCUUGAUGACAGCAUACCUACAUUACUACAGGUAUUCAGUUCCAUUAUGAAGGUUUGUGGCCUUCAGCAGGAUGAGUGUGAAGAACCCCUGAAGCUGGGAGAUGAGAAACCUACAUCACCUCUAGAUAUGGCAGAGCAGGAAUUACAAGAUACAGUUUUUUAUCUCUGUGACACAUCCAGCACAAUAUGGGCGUUCCUCGAAAUCUUUCCAUCUGCCUCUCAGACUUUACAAAAACACAAUUUCUUGAGUAGUCUGAGUUCCUUUUAUGAAUUAUGUUGCCCGGAGCUUGAAUCUGCAAUUAUAAAGAGGAAAUUUGCGGAUAAAAGCAUACAGCUGGAUCUUUGGAGAAGGUUGUGUCACUCCAGAAAGAAGUUGUUAGAAAUCUCUCACAUCCUUAUCAGCAACACCUGUCUUCAGCCCAUUUUGGAACGCAGUGCAGAAAACAUUCAACCCUAUGUGGAAGAAUUCUUGCAAAUAUUAACACAUCUUCUUCCAGAAAGGCGGUUUCUGUGUGAUUACGAUGAGCAGUUCCCAGUAGCUGAGGAUAUCGGCUUGCUGCAACAAGUUUCCCCUUCACUUGAUGAGACUCGAACCACUUACCUAUUGAAUGGUGUGAAGAGCGCAUGGACUGAGGCUCGGAAAUUCAAACCACACAUUCCAAUCCUUGCGCCGUCCUGUGCAGAGAGAGUUACUGAAGGAGCAUGUGGAAGUACAGAACAAAACUCACAGUACCUAGAUGAACCUGAAUGCUUAGGAGCCGCAGCAGCACCUUUGCCAAGUGGAGUGGAGCUGGACUCCUUGGUGUCACAGGUGAAAGAUUUACUCCCUGAUCUUGGAGAGGGAUUCAUAUUAAAAUGCCUUGAAGAAUAUAAUCACAAUGCUGAAAUUGUUAUUAACCACUUAUUGGAGGACAACCUGUCACCCCGUCUAUGGGAACUAGAUCGCACCAUGCCUAGGCAGCAGAAAGUGGAUCCAUGUCCUCUUGUCUCUUCAAGAUCAAAUGUGUUUGCAGAUGAUGAAUUUGAUGUCUUCAGCAGAGACGUUGUGGAUACAUCAAGGAUUUGGAGAGGGAGAAAGAAACCUGAAACUGCUGCACAGCUGCUGGCAGAUAAAAGUGCAAUACUGGCCCAGAAAGAGCGCGCUACAGUCAGUAUAGUAUGGUUUCUGAAGAACAUACAGUGGAUGCAGAUUACGAUGAUGAGUAUGAUGAUACAUAUGAUGGGAACCAGAUUGGAGCAAAUGAUGCAGAUUCUGAUGACGAGCUGAUCAGUCGCAGGCCGUUCACCAUUCCUCAAGUGUUAAGAUCCCGAGACCAAGAAAAUGGUGUAGAGGAGGAGAUAGAUGAUGAUGAGGCUGAAGACGAAGCUGUUCCAAAGCCUGAUCACUUUAUUCAGGACCCUGCAGUGCUAAGGGAACGAGCAGAGGCAGAAGAGCAAAUUAUUAUGCAAGGAAAGGUUUCCGACAUGACAACACAUCAGCUGUUACGGGAACAGCCCGUGGCCAGGGACAAAGUCGUGACACAGUUCAGGAGCGCAGGAAAAAAGAAGCAAACAAGGGAGCAAGGGCAAAUCAUAACCGAAGAGCAAUGGCAGACCGCAAGAGGAAUAAAGGAAUGAUACCAUCCUAG